AUGCAGAUUGCAUUCUGGACAUUGCUCUUAAAGGAUCCAAGUCCGCCUAGCUUCUGGCUGCUUGCGUAUAUAGUCUCGCUGUUCAAUCAUCGAGAGAUUCGUGACUAUUUGAAGACUACGUCUGCCAAGUUUACCGAAUGCGCAAGUUUCAUUACAACUCUACGAGAUCGAGGGCCAGACCUCAAGGCAUCUAUAACCGAGGACAGCAAUAAUACCUUUCAAAAGUGA